AUGUCACCACCAUCGAACUAUCAGCAUAUUGUUCUCAAGGGACUGCCAUAUGAUCGUGGUCAUACGCAUGGAGAACAAGCCCGACUGAAGAUUCUUGAUAGUCUUGCUCAUUAUCAUGCACCGGGGAAACUCCUUCCAUGGGAAAUGUCUCUACGUAUUAUCAAAGAAGUUUAUCUUCCAGGAAUAGAAAGAUACUUUCCUGAAGCGCUACCGGAACUUCAAGGUAUCGCAGACGGAGCCGGCGUUGACUUAGAUGAGAUUCUGUUUCUCAACGCCCGAUAUGAUCUUGCCAGAGUUCGGGGAUCAACUAUUCGCCCUUGUCCCUCAAGCUCAAAUAUCAACUCCAUAAGGAAAGCAGCAUUAAAUAAUCACAAAGGUCAAAAUGGUGCUGAUCAAAUCCAAAAUGGUGUUUCGGUCGAUGAUCUGUCAGACAUACAAGAGCUUCAAGAAUGCACCACUGCCGGAUUUCUUGCCGAGUCUAUGCACAAUGGUGACAUUAUCUUGGCCCAAAACUGGGACAUGUCAGCCAAUGUGUUCCUUAAAGAUACGGCUGUAUAUCUAGAGAUAUACCCGGAUAUCUCUGAAGAUUUGCCUGCUAUGUUUAUUACAACUGAAGCCGGCCAGUUAGGCCGCUCCGGCUUCAACUCAGCGGGACUUGGAGUCUGCGCAAGCUCCCUCAUGUCCACUGAAGACUAUUUCCCACUCGAUCUCUCCUUGGCUCCUGGUAUCCCACAGGAACCACUUUUACCAAUGUCGUUGGUCCGCCGACAGUUCCUACAUAACACUAAUUUUGCCAAUGCACUUAUCAAUGUCAAAAAUGCUCCGAGACAUCUAUCGAAUAAACUUAUUGUCGGAACUGCAGACAAUUUUGUCAUGUCUUUGGAGGUUACACCAAGCACUAUUCAUCUGGGUUACCCAUCCAAUGGAGACAACUUUGUGGUCGGAUCGAAUCAUUUUACCAGCAAUUCCUUCCAAGCAAGUCAAUGGAACGAUCGUUACCCGGGCGGCAGCAGUUGGUUUCGCGCCGUAAGAGUUGCACAAAGAAUCCGACCAUUGAAUAAUCAAGAGUUGACGGAAGCCAAAAUCACCGAAGCGUUUUGUGAUCAUCUAUCACUGCCUUCAUCCGUUUGCCAACAUAUGGAAGAUUGCACGGUCAAGAAUGUGCCAGAUUACCCGUAUAAGGGUGCCCAGACGACGCUCGCUCAUGUUCGGUAUAACCUUACCAAGAGGACAACGAGUGUUUGCAAGGGCCCGCCUUGCAUGGGUGAAUUUAUGGAGUAUUCUCUACCAAUUACAAGUAGUUUAGGCAAGCACGAACACAGAGACAUUGGUGUCAGUUACACACUUGUGAAUGGCAAACUAAAGAAGUUGUAA